AUGUUCAUGAGGUUUUCAGCUGUAACUGUCCGUGAUGCCAUAAAUGAAGCCUUAGAUGAGGAAAUCAGACUCGAUGACCGCGUCUUUUUAAUUGGAGAGGAGAUUGCGCGGUCUGGAGGAGCAUACUUGGUUUCGUCUGACAGUCUUGCCGUUGGUGCUGCCUUCGCCGGUCUUCGUCCAGUUUGUGAAUUUAUGACGUUUAACUUCGCAAUGCAGUCUAUAGACCAUAUCAUUAAUUCGGCUGCGAAGACUCACUAUAUGUCCGCUGGGAAGAUAUCAUGCCCUGUUGUAUUUCGUGGACCUAAUGGCUUCGAGCCUGGUAUCGCUGCCCAACAUACGCAAGACUAUUCUGCAUGGUUUGCACAUUGUCCUGGAAUGAAGGUGUUGGCACCCUAUAGUUCAGAAGACGCUAAAGGGUUGCUGAAAGCAGCCAUCAGGGACGAUAAUCCAGUUGUAUUUCUGGAAAAUGCGGUACUGUAUGACCGUUUGUUCCCCGUUGCUGACGAAGUGCUACACGAUGACUUCGUAUUGCCAAUAGGAAAGUGCAAAAUUGAAAGGGGCGUUGAAAUGUCUCUUGAAGCUGCGAGUGAACUAGAAAAUCUUGGCAUUUCUGCAGAAGUGAUCAAUCUUCGCACUUUGCGUCCACUUGAUUUUGAAACGAUUAAAAAUUCGGUCAUGAAAACUCGUCACUUGGUCACGGUUGAGGAAGGCUGGCCAUUUGCAGUUUUACGCAGUCUUGCAGGAAUUGGUGCUGAAAUUAGUGCUCAGGUGAGUGAGUGUGAACUAUGGGACUACCUAGAGGCUCCAAUUUUUCGCAUCUGUGGAGCCGACGUGCCAAUGCCAUACGCACAACAUCUCGAAGAGGAAAUUUAUGUGGAGGCGUUGUGUAUGUAG